CAAACGCUUUUGUUGGACGGUGCGGGAGGAAAGAGGGAAAGGCCCCACUCGCAGACUCUGCGGACAGAAUGAACUGGAAACCGGGGAGAAGCUAGACCAGGCGUAACCCAAGCAGCACCGGGAUCGCAGUAGGCAGGCGCUACUGCUGGGGCGCGAUGCCCCGCGCAAGCAGCCCCCAGGCCCGGGGCAUUUAGGCUGCUCCAGCGAAGAGCUUGGUCUCUUUCUUCGGGUGGAAAGGAGCCCGGUUAAGCAGGAGCGAUGGACGGCUUUGCAGAGGAGCAGGUGAAGGAGGACGAGCGCUGCGACUUUGAGCCUCUGCCUGCACUCUUGGAGGACGAGGAGAAUGUGUCUCUUGCUGAUGUUCUGUCACUGCAGGAUGGCUGUCUUACCGAACAAGAUAUCUGGGCAAUUUGCCUGGAGUGUUGCCAGUCUGUGAAGAACAUUGCCCACUCUGCAAUCUUCCAAACACUUUGCAUUACUCCUGACACUUUGGCUUUUAACACCAAUGGCAAUGUAUGCUUCAUGGAACAGAUCAGUGAUGAUCCAGAAGGAACCUUUGUAUCGCCAGAGAUUGAUGUAAUUGGUAACACUUUUGAGGCACAUAUGUUUUCUUUGGGAGUGACACUAAAAAUGGUGGUUGAAUAUACAAUGGAGGUUGAAGGACCUUCAGAAUUUAGUGAAGAUCUACAAAUUCUGCUUGAACAAAUGCAAGAGGAAAAUCCUCAUGAGAGGCCAGAUAUUGAGAUAGUUGUGAUAACUUACAGAAAGGAAACGUUGAUGAGUGUAUUUCACCCUACGAACAGUGCUCUACUAAAAAUAACUGCAAGCAAAAAAAUUCUUCUCCACAAGUGAUAGACCUGAAAGCUGUUGGUGGUGGAAACUUUUCUGUGAUGUAUUCUGUGAAUGAUAGAAAAUAUGAUACCGGAGAAAUUCACAUCAGCUCAGAAAAUGAAAGAUUUUACUGUCAACGUGUUUCAACUCAACUUACAAAAUGCAAUGAGGGGAGCAACAACAUAAAACACAAUAACAAGUGUAUGAAUGCUCUGGACACAAAACCACAACGAAGUGACUUGAAGAGAGGUGUACACACAAAGAACAGCAUGAGGAAAAUACAAACAUUUCCAGAGCUAACAUUGGAAUCUGAAACAGACUCAAGGAUUGUCUUCCCUUCUGUAACACGCAGUGGGCCACUAAUGAGGGCACAUCCAUUAAAACCCAACUUGUUCUCUGUAAUCACUAAUAAUGAACAUACUGCUUUAGAGGGAAAAUUAAGUCUGUGUGGUACCAAUAAUCAACUUGGAUUAAAAGCAGACUAUUUUGAGGAGACGAAUAUUAAUGUAGAGGACUCUUCUUUUCAUCAAUUGUACAUGUCAGUCUGUAUUGACAAAAACACAGACCUUUUUACAUACAGCCCGGCUAUUUUUGAAAGUUCAGACAACAGCAGCGUGCUGAAUAGACCAGAUAAGUCAAGUGUAUCCCCCCAAAUGCUAGCAUGGGAAUACUCUACCGGAACUUCUCCAGGGGCAAGUGAACCCAGUCCAUUACAUGUUAACAGAACAACCACAGCAUUAACGGUGACCAGUGUGAACAAAUGCGGAUCAAGCACCUUAAAUUAUCCAGAACAUAAUUGCACUGAGAUGAAAGAUUGCUGUAUUGAAGGUGAACAAGAUGGAGGCAGGGAGACAGAAAUGAAAAAUAAU